AUGGCAAUACCUCCACAAUUAUUUCGCGCAUUGGAGAACUUGCGCGACCAGGCGAAGGAUGCAGUGUGGGCAUUGUCGUCGUGUCUCUGCCAGCAGACACCAAAGAUAAAGAUAAAUGGUCGAACAUUUCAAGUCCUCAAGGUUCUCGGAGAAGGAGGCUUCUCGUUCGUGUACUUGGCACAAGAUGAACACAGCGGGAGACAAUUUGCACUCAAGAAGAUUCGCUGUCCGACGGGUUCCCAGGGUGUGAAGGAGGCUAUGAGGGAGGUUGAAGCAUACAGACGGUUCAAACACCCGAAUAUUAUUCGUAUUCUGGACUCUGCCGUUGUUCAAGACCCCGAAGGCGAUGGCCAGAUUGUAUACCUCUUCCUUCCUCUGUAUAAGCGUGGAAACCUCCAAGACGCGAUUAACGCGAAUGUCGUCAACGGCCGGCACUUCCCUGAACAAGACAUGGUGCGCCUCUUCCGUGGGACAUGUCUCGCCGUACGUGCCAUGCAUGAAUACCGUCCAACCACACCUCGUUCCGCCGUCAAGACGGGUGCUGCUUUAGGUACCGGGAAGAGCAAUGCCCAACCAGACCAUGACGAUGAUGUCGACGAACGAUUCCCUCAAGCGGAGGGUGACUCCGAGGGAGGAUAUUCAUACGACGGACCCUCAGCUGUGAAUGUACCUCUUGUAACAAGACAUAGGCCGGAGGAAGAUGGAGAUGUUGUAUUUGAUGGAGAUGAGGAAGGGGAAGGCGGGGAAGGCCAGGGCAAACCUGCUUUGGAGAUUGUGCCGUAUGCUCAUAGGGAUUUGAAGCCUGGGAACAUCAUGAUUGCAGAUGAUGCCAAGACACCUAUUCUCAUGGAUUUUGGCAGUACGAUGAAGGCAAGAGUACACAUCGAGAACCGCUCGCAAGCAUUGCUCCAGCAGGAUAUCGCUGCGGAGCAGAGCACGAUGGCUUACCGUGCACCCGAACUAUUCGAUGUGAAAACAGGGCAAACGUUAGAUGAAAAAGUUGACAUCUGGUCGCUAGGGUGUACUCUAUUUGCUCUAGCAUACUCGCACUCGCCGUUUGAGAACACACAAACGACAGAACAAGGAGGCUCGAUAGCCAUGGCUGUUCUCAAUGCUCAGUACAAGCACCCACAGUCAGCGUAUUCGCAAGGUUUCAGGGAUCUCAUUGACAGUAUGCUGAAAGUAAACCCCGCGGAACGACCAGACAUCAACCAGGUUAUUCGGAUGACAGACAGGGUUUUGCAGAGUCUGGCUUGA